AUGAACUUUUUAAGAUAAGCUGAUUUUUUUGGAAUUCCAUUUAUACAAUAAAUAGAUUUAAAGUAAUCUAUUUAUAAAAGUGCAUUGGGAGGAUUAGUUACCUUACUAAUAUUUUCUGCUAGUCUUGCUUAUUCAAUUUGGAUUCUUUAUUAAUGGUAAAUUAACUAACUUAGCCCUAAAAUAUCAAACUCAAUCUAUACAUCAGAUUAUCGGUUACUUGACAUGAAUUAUGAUAUUAUCAAAUUAUAUUUUUGGAGAUUUAAUGAAGAAAUGAUUGAUCCUUUUGAGGAAAAAAUUUUAUUACCUUUGGUGAUGUAUACAACAAAUUUUAGUUUUACUUAAUUAGAAGCAUUAUAACUUUCAAAUGAAACUUCAAUCGAUGGGAAAAGUAAGUAUAUAAUUCCAAAAAUGAGUUUGGCUUUUUAAGAGAUUAAUGGAGAAUUAUAUACAACAACGGAAAUGUAUAUUUAGAUUGUAAAAUGCUCAGAAGUAUACUUGAAGCCCAAUGAAAAAUGUGCCUCUUAAGAAGUAAUAGAAAAGUUUUAUUAAUAAUCUUUAAAUAUUGUUAUUAUGUAAAUUCAUUAUAAAUCAUUGGAUUCAAAGGAUGGAUCUGAAUAAACGAGUUUAUAAGAGUUUUAUAUACAAUUGGAAUAAUAAAAUUGCUAUACUUUAAACACAUUUUUAUAGAGUAGUUUUUAUGAAAUCAGAGAUUCCUUUCUUUUUGGUACUCCAAAAUAUGUGGAAUAUAUAAAUGGUGCUUUAAUAUAGCCUUAGACCAAUUCUUUUGAGUAUUGUAAGUUAGCUUAUGAAAAUGAUGUAUUAGGAUUAAUUUAUAUUGUUAUGAAAGGCAAUUAGGUCAAGAUGAUUUUUGAAUAUCCUCAUGCUGGAGAUUUAUUAGCUAAUAUUGGAUCAAUUGUAUCUGUUUUAUUUAUGAUAAAAUAUUUAAUUAUUAUAGCAAACUAGUAUUUUUUGAACUAAUAAAUAAUUAAUUAGUUAAUUGAACUUUAUUAUCCAGAAUUUAAGCAUAUUUUUAUUUAGAAAAAUUGGAAAAGACAAAUUAAAUUAGUUAAAUAUUAAAAUAACUAAAUCGAUUUAGAAGGUUUUAAAUCUUUUUAUACUAAAAUUCAUGAUUAAAUGAGUUCAAAAUUUAGUUUUAUUAAUUUAUUAUAUGAAUUAUCUCGGAUUUAGAUUUUAAUAAGAUCAACAAAAAAUAGGGAUGAAUUUAGAAAAUCUCAUUAGAUAGGAAUUAAAUUAAAUUUUUUAAAUGAUAGAGAUUUCAAUUUCUCAGCUAACAAAUCAAGUUUCACUUAAAGACCUUUUUAAAGUUAACUUUAUUUAACUGAUGAAGAAGUAGAUAUAUUAUCACUUAAUUAACGAACAAGGGAAAAAGUUUAUGAUAAAAUCCCAGAUGAAUUGGUAGAGUAAAAUGAUUUCUAUGAAAUUAAUAAAAUAAUCUGA